AUGGCCCACUCCCAUUCCCGCUCACUCGAUGCCAAGACAGAGAAGGGGGAAAAAAGGUUUGCCAAGGAAUGUGGCUUUGUUGCGAGAUGUUGCAUGAUGAGAUUUUCCGAUGCACUGUUUCGGACGCUGAGCUUCCGUCCGGUAUAUUCUCUUAAUGUAGAGUUGAAUUCCAUUAGCGGCGGGAAAGACAAACUCUCGUUACAGUAUCUGAUCCUCUAUUCUCGUUGCGUCAUAAAGUCCUUCGAUCAAGCAGUCAAAGGUCACACCGGACCAAGAAUGUCGUUUUCAACAUAUAAAGCAAAGGUGAAUGACGAUUCUGAUGACUUAUCAGAUGCCGUGAGAGAUGUCAUCCUCUUGGCCGCCGUGGUCGUGGUGUCGUCGGCGAGGCUGAGUGAAGCCAAGAGCGAUGACGACUUUGUGGAUACGUUUGAGCUGGACGACAGCGACGACGCUUACGAUGACGACAACUCCUCCGACUCUCGCGAUUUUCUGACUCCGUUCAAGACGCGUGACUCUGAGAAAGGUAGGGAUCCUUCGGUUAAAGAAGUGAAUGGAGGUCAGUUACCAUUUUUGGAAGCUUUUGAGUCAGAAUUUGGUGUGAGAAUCAUAAAUGCGGAUGAGGAUAAUGAUGGUGAUGAUAUUGAUGACGAUGUUGAUGAUUAUGUAGACUUAGAGAAUGCAAGGAGUGAAAAUAUUGAUGAUGAAAGUGGUGAUAGGGAGAGUGAAGAUAAGAAAAUUGGGAUUAAAUUCGAGAUUGAUGACGUAGACGCAGAAGACGAUGAUAAUUUCACAGACGAAGAAUACGGAGAUAAUAUCAAAGAUACGACUGAUAAAAGUAAGCAAAGAAGUAUAACAGUUUCAAGUAUCUUUGAUUCGGAACGUGAUCAAACAUCACAUAAAAUGCUGGGUAAUAAAAGCAAAAUUAUUAGUGUGAAUGAGGAUUAUGUUAAUGUGGAUGGUAUGAAUGAGAGUGAUAAUGAUGAUGAUGAUGAUGUGGUUAAUAGAAGAUUUGUUGAAUAUGACGAAAGUGUAGCUGAACAGGACUAUGACUCAACAGAAUAUACUAAAGAUUCCAACACGUAUGACGCAAAACCCUUUGAAAAAUCGCGUCCUACUUUAACCGAGAUUCUCUUGCCUCCACCACGAAGGACGUAUCCCCACAGGCAUUAUUCUCUCGCACCGUUAGACUCCUUCCAGUUUCAGGAUACCCCUGACUCCUUAAGACCAUCCAGUCCCUCAUCCAUAUCUCCAUCUCAGUCCCUAUCCCCAUCCCACUCAUUAUCCUCAUCCUCACUCCUAUCCUCACCCCCCUCUCUGCCCCAAUCCCUCUCCCCAUCCUCAUCCUACUCCUCAUCCCCGUCCUCCUCCUUCCAGACGUCACCCUCAUACCCAGAGUCACAGGACAAACAUCGAUUUUCCACACAGGACAACCACAGUUCUUUCUCCCAGAACAGGUACAAGUUUAACGUAAAGAAUCGCCACAGAUAUUUCUCCCUUGAGUCUGUAUCCCGUCAGGCAUUUCACUCAGAAGACGAUGACGAUAAUUCUGGUACUGAAGACGACUACAGCGACGACGUUGAUGACGACGGCCAAAACGCCAACGACUUCCAUAACAAUGACCGCAACAAAACGCAUUUCGCCGUCUUCCUUCCUCCUUCUGCACCGACUCCCUCAGCAGCCAAUGUCCUUUCUUCAUCCACAUUAACAGCAAAACGACCCUUACUCUCACGACCUUCGCUGCCCUCCUUCGGUCGUCGAAUUCCCGAGUCACCUGCUUUAUUAACGUCUGUUGCUUCUCCUCGAUCGCCGCCGACAGAAGCUGAUCCGUUCCCUUCAAGGCCAACGCCCCUCUACCAGACGCCGGGGAGGAAAAUGCCGUACCGGUUCUCUUACGGAGUCCAUGACCGAGACACACAAUUCGGACAGCGGGAGGAAAGUGACGGCAACAGGGUGUCCGGACAGUACCACGUUCUCCUGCCCGGGGGAGUGAGGCAGAUCGUCACAUACUACGCCGACGAGACAGGCUACCACCCCACCAUCACCUACCUGCCCGCGCGCGCCCCUCACAGGGCCCCCGCGCCCUCUCUUCCCACGCCGAGUUCCUCAGCGCCGCCCUCGGGGUCGUUCGGCGCGAGACUGGUCGCUGGGAAUGGAGGAGACGCUGAUGAUUCCUCAGAGGAUGCUCCUGCGGGAUCGACGGGCUCAUCCUACAGCCGCUACUUCAUUAGGGAAGAUGAUUCGGACGAGAUCGCGGCGCCGAGGAUUCCUGCGACGAACCGCGGCUCCCACGUCCGGAGUCCGUCCCGUCGAGUCAGUGCCUUCGCCCGGGGCCGUCUGGAGUCUUUGCAUCUCCCCCGACGGGAGUCUGCGGCCCAGAGUUCAAGCGCUUCUGUCGUCAGAGGGGUUCCUCUAGCCCAGGCAGUAGCGACGGGUCGAGGGAGAACUCCGUCAGCGUCGAACUUCGUCAGGAGGUUGGAGGUCGUCCCGGCUGGGUCUCUGAAGAUCCAGUCCCGCGUUGGACGCCUCCUUGGCUCGCCCGCCUUUGUGCCCGCCUGAGGCCCUUCUCCAGGCUCCAGUGCCACCGAUUCAGUCUUGUUCAAUGAGCUUAUGGUUUAUGGUUCAAUUUGAUGCAAUGUAAUCUUCACUAUGUUUCAGAUGGUUAAGUCACCUUCUAAAUAUUCUCCGAAAAGGAUAUUCAGUACAUUUCUAUCAUAUAGGCACGCACACGCACGCACAUG